CUGGCAGCCAUGAGGGGCCAACGUGAGGUGGUCUUGGUGAGCAGGUGUUGGCGGCCGGCGGUGUGGCUCCUGCUGUCGCUGCUGGUGUCCGUCCUGCUGGUGGCCAUGAGCGUGCUGCUGCAUCACGACGCCCAUCCCGCGCAGACCCCCGCAAUCCCGCGGUAUGAAGUGCAACUGGUGAACGGCCAGGGCCGGUGCGAGGGCCGCGUGGAGGUGCGCUCCGGCGGCGGCGGCGGCGCCUGGGGCACCGUGUGCGACGACGACUGGGACAUGGUGGACGCCAACGUGGUCUGCCGCCAGCUGGACUGCGGGCUGGCCAUGGCCGUGGGCACCAGCUCCCAGUUCGGCCAGGGCUCCGGGGCCAUCUGGCUGGACAACGUGGACUGCACCGGCGGCGAGACGGACCUGAGCCAGUGCGGGAGUCUGGGCUGGGCCGUGCACAACUGCUACCACUACGAGGACGUGGCCGUCUUCUGCAGAGGCAACCCGGUGAUUCUUCAAGGCAGAGGCCCACAGAGGCACACCACGCCGGCCCCUGGUGUUUUGGCUUUACGCGACGGCGCCAUCCAGCUGGUGGGGGGGCGGGACCGCUGCCAGGGCCGCGUGGAGGUGUACUACCGGGGCAGCUGGGGCACGGUGUGCGACGACGACUGGGGCCUGAAGAACGCCGAGGUGGUGUGCCGGCAGAUCCAGUGCGGCCGGGCCGCGUCGGCUCUCCGCAACUCCUACUUCGGGUACGGCCGCGGAGAGAUCCUCCUGGACAAUGUGAACUGCACCGGCAACGAGCUCAUGCUGUCGCGCUGCUACAGUCUGGGCUGGGGCACCAACAACUGCGGACACCACGAGGACGCCAGCGUCAUCUGUGCCGGCUCGGGUUUGACCACUCCGCCACCGCCCGCAAACACAGAGUCGAUGAACGUGUGGCCGUUGGAAGGGGGGAGGGGGUUCUUCCCCUUCACCAACCUCACGCCAGUAGCAAACGGAACACUGCCAGUGACUCAAACUACAGAAACCACCACGACGACUACUCAAGCACCGAGAGCUCUGCGAAGGAUCAGGGUGGUCAACGGCAACAGCAGCUGCGCCGGGCGGGUGGAGGUGUUCUACGCCACCAUCUGGGGGACCGUGUGCGACGACGACUGGGACAUGACCAACGCCCGGGUGGUGUGCCGGCAGCUGGGCUGUGGGUCGGCCAUCGCCGCCAAGGGCCUGGCCUUCUACGGCUACGGCGAGGGCCCCAUCCUCAUGGACAACGUGGACUGCCUGGGCACCGAGCUGGACCUGGGCACCUGCUUCCACCUGGGCUGGGGUCAGCAUAACUGUGGACACCACGAGGACGCCGGGGUCAUCUGCGCCCCUCCAAGCCUUUCUGCAACCGGACAGGACUUUGUGGCAAACAGGAGUGUCUCUAACGGCCAAACCCCCAAUGAAGGCGCCGUCCGGCUGGUGGCGGGGCUGCACCAGUGCGAGGGCCGCGUGGAGGUGUUCUCCGGCAGCGAGUGGGGCACGGUGUGCGACGACGCCUGGGACAUCGCCGACGCCCAGGUGGUGUGCAACCAGCUGGGCUGCGGCGAGGCCAUGGCGGCCCGUCCCGAGGCCUUCUUCGGGCCCGGCGGGGGCACCAUCCUCCUGGACAAUCUCAAGUGCCGCGGCGACGAGGCCUCGCUCCAGGGGUGCUCCCACAUAGCCUGGGACGUGCACAACUGUGACCACUCCGAGGACGCUGGGGUCACCUGCUCUAUGUCCUGA